AUGAGAUCUCGUAAACUUAUAAGGACUGAUGGUCUCGUGGAUGUAUUAGAAAAUUUUUGUGUUCUAUUUGAGGAGCUGGAUUCAACCUGUAUCCUGGGGGAUGCCAUAACACAAAAUUUGUGCGUAUUCUUAGUAGGACAUUUUCAAUCAGAAAAAACAUCUGUAUUAUAUUAUUUAAGUAAUACCAAAACAAAUUAUUUUUAUGUACAUUCUUCAAAAUUAUUGGAUGGAUUCCUGUCUAGCAAGAAAAAUAAAAAUCUUGAAUGUAUGAUUGAUGAAAUUAGAGAACUUACCAAACUCAUAAGUAAUAAGUCAAUUGGAAUUAAGUCUAUCAUUUACACUGGCACUUACUCAAUUGUUGCCAUGCUAAAAGAUGGCAUUUCACAAAUUAGAAAGUUUAUUUGGAAAGAAAGCAAAAGUGAAAGUUUAUCACAUGCUAGUAAACUUUUAGAACCUGAACCAAUUUCAUCUCCAUUAAACUUUGCUAAAAUAAUACAGGCAUCUGAUUUCACUAGAGAACAGCAUAUGUUAUUUUUCAAAGAUAUCCAAGAAGAUAGAGAUAUUAGGAUAAACGAAGAUGUCCUAAAUGAUAUUUAUAAUAUUACUAAUAGUUACUCUAGCUUAAAAAAACUUUUGGUAUCAUUAUACAUAGAAUAUUCUGUCAACGAAAAAUUUCUUGAAUUUGACAAGUAG